CUACUGUAACCACACUUGUCAUCCGAACCCGAUUCUCUCCUCGCCACACUACGCAUCAGUCAACAACCUCUCAACGAUGACACAGAUCCCACAUGGCAUGGACCAAGGUAUCUAUCAAGUCUGUGGACGCUGGAAUCCGACCAAACCAGCACCACGCCAUUGACAUGGACGGCCCAGCGGCGCGGGCUGUAGACCCGACAUGUCAGGUGGCCGCGCAUCGCGAGGCAAAGGGCGGCGGUUAUGUUAAGUACGGUGCGCCCGCCGGAACCGCCGCCUCAAUAAAAUCCACUCGCCGCGCCGCGCCGCGCCCGCCUCCCCCCACACACACAACCGCCGCGCCGCGCCCCAAGAAAACGCCCAGAAUUCCCAUGGACGCCGCCGCCGGCGGCCACGGGGGAGCCGCGGAGGCGGAGGCUGGUCUCGACGACGCGGACGCCGUCUUCGUCUCCCGGCGCGGGCACCGCUGCUGCGGAUGCUUCUGGGCGCCGCCGUGGCCUUCGUCGUCGUCGUCGUCUCCGCAAGCCCGCAACGCGGACGAGUGGUGGCACGGCGUCGGGGAAGGAGGGGCGGCGAGGCUGCGGUGGUGGCGGCGCGGGGUGGACGCACUCAUGAAGGUGCGGGAGUGGUCGGAGCUGGUGGCCGGCCCGCGGUGGAAAACCUUCAUCCGGCGGUUCCGGCGCAGCCCCCGCCACGGCGGCGCGGGAGGAGGCGGAGGAGGGCGGACGCUCAACUACGACCCGCUCAGCUACGCGCUCAACUUCGACGAGGGCCACGGCGCCAGCUCCGAGGGCGACCACGCGGGCUACCGCGACUUCUCUGCGCGCUUCGUCGCGCCGCCGGGCUCCGCCAAGUCGUCCAUGGACCUCUGCGGCCGCGACGCGCCGCAGCCCUUCCACCACCACCACCACCACCCGCAGCCGCUGCCGCACUCCCCGCGCCCGCACCCAGCCGCCGCGAGGGGUUGACCGCUGACGUCGACGCGGCACCGGCGCAACCGACGGCUUGGCUGGCUCUGUCAGUAAUGGGGCGGUGGAGGCGAUAAGGGAGGACGUCCCUUUCUUUCUCCUGGGCUCGUUGUUUUUGCCUGCGGAUGGUGUCGAUAUUUUCUUCUGGACUUCUAUUUUUCUUGUUUUGCUUGUCAUAUGUAAAAUACUCCAUAGAAUACUAUAUCGUCCAAAAUUGUCACCAUAAUCGCAGAAAAUUGUCCAUUCUUUGACUUAGAGGAAGAGAUGAGACAAAUACAGUAUUAUGGUUUAUGAUCAUACAUGUUGAGAUACUGCAAA